AAAUUUACUCGUCCCCACCCCUCCACCAGGCAUGCGUUAAAAAAUUUCCCCAAACCUAGCCGGAAGCACGCAUAGCUGCUCUCGGAAUCAACCAUGGCGGCAAAACCCUCUUCUGCCACCCCCUCAAAGCGGAAAAAGAAGCAAUUGCCUCUGGACUCGAAAAGACCUAAAAUUAGUAAAACUAAAUCAAAGGACAAGGAGAAGAAGAAGAAGAAAAAGAAUUCCGGUGGGAAUACGUUAAUUGAUAGCACCAAAAUCCGUGAAAAGAAGAACGUAACUGAAAGCACGGAAGCAGCAGAAAACGAUGGAAACUAUGGCGUUCAACUGGCGACUGCUUCUCUGCAGCUGAGAUUUUUCGUUCACCAGUAUCAAUCUGCCAAUGGCGUUCAGCUUUCGUCUCUCGAACUAGAAUCCCUCAAAGACACAUGCAUCCUUGAUCUAUGUGAGGGUCCUGCUCAGGAUAUUAGCAAUUUGGGUCAGCAUAUCAAGGUUGCUUUUGGGCCAUCGUGGAAAGAAGUGCUUUGUGAAAAACAUGUUCAAGAAGGGAAAGUUGAUCCUGGGAAUCCAGCAGUUCUUGUAAUAAGUCUAUCUGCCCUGAGGUCACUGGAACUUCUCAGAGAAUUGCGUCCUUUGACAAAAGAAUGUCAUGCUGCAAAGUUAUUCUCUAAGCAUAUGAAGAUUGAGGAGCAGGUGUCCCUGUUAAAGAGUCGUGUCAAUAUUGCUUGUGGAACACCUACCAGGAUUAAGAAACUAAUCGAUAUGGAGGCACUGGGCCUAUCUCGAUUAGCAGUGAUUGUGCUCGACAUGCACACAGAUGUUAAGGGAUAUUCCUUGUUCACACUUCCUCAAGUCAGAGAUGAGUUUUGGGACUUGUAUAAAAGCCAUUUUCACCAUCGGCUGCUUGAAGGUAAUUUCCGUAUAGGCCUCUACGGUCAAGUACCAGCUAAUUCCAAGACGAAGAUGAGGAAAACCGAUUCAUGACUGAACAAUACUGUUCGAGUAAAGUAGUUCAAAAGCUCCGUUUAUUAUGGUUAAUAGCCCAUAAAUUUUGUUGCAGAAGCGGUAGCCUAGAUUUGCAGCUGUACAAGAGUUGUGAAUGUUGUAAAACUACUAAAAAGAAAAUUUGCUCUUUUUUGUAUCUCUGAGGAGUGAAAUUAUUCCCCAAAUUAAUUUGGGUUAAUUUUUUUUA